UAAAACAAUUUUUGCUUUAUUUACAGAGGGAAGAAAUCUGGUCAUCGAAUUCAAAGAUUCAAAGUGAGGCUGAAAAAUCAACCAGCGAAGCUUUUCAAUGUGAUUUCUGUUUAAAGAACUUCAGCAGGCCCUCUCACUUAAUCAGACAUAAAACAAUACAUACUGGAGACAAACCUUAUAAAUGUGAUGUGUGUGGGAAGGCAUUCAGUCAGUCAAAUAACUUACAGACACACAUGAGGACACAUACAGGUGAUAAACCUUAUAAAUGUGAUGUGUGUGGGAAGGCAUUUAGCCGGUCAUAUACCUGUCAGGAACACAUGAGGAUACAUACAGGUGAUAAACCUAACAAGUGUGAUGUAUGUGGGAAGGCUUUCAACAAAUUAGGUAACUUAUACUGCCACAUGAAGAUACACACAGGUGAUAAACCUUAUAAAUGUGAUGUGUGUGGAAAAUCAUUCAGCCAGUCACAAUACUUACAGAAACACAUGAGGAUACAUACAGGUGAUAAACCUUUUAAAUGUGAUGUCUGUGGGAAGGCAUUCAGCCAGUCACAUCACUUACAGACACACAUGAAGACACAUACAGGUGAUAAAUCUUAUAAAUGUGAUGUGUGUGAGAAAGCAUUCAGUCAGACACAAAACUUGCAGAAACACAUGAGGACACACACAGGUGAUAAACCUUAUAAAUGCAAUGUGUGUCGGAAAGCAUUCAGUCAGACACAAAACUUACAGACACACAUGAGGACACAUACAGGUGAUAAACCUUAUAAAUGUGAUGUGUGUGGGAAAGCAUUCAGCCUGUUACAACACUUACAGACACACAUUAGGACACAUACAGGUGAGAAACCUUAUAAAUGUGAUGUUUGUGGAAAGUUUUUCAGCCAGUCACAACACUUACAGACACACUUGAGGAUACAUACAGGUGAUAAACCUUAUAAAUGACAUAUGUGUGGGAAGGCAUUCAGCCGGUCAUAUACCUGUGAGACACACAUGAGGAUACAUACAGGUGAAAAACUUAACAAGUGUGAUGUGUGUGGGAAGGCCUUCAACAAAUUAGAUAACUUAUAGAAACACAUGAGGAUACAUACAGGUGAUAAACCUUAUAAAUUUGAUGUGUGUGGGAAAGAAUUCAGGCAGACACAACACUUACAGACAC